GCGUGCGUAUGUGUUUGUAUGUUUAGUAAGUGUAUCCCUGUUAUAAAAGGACUUUGAUUGUCACUGAUCGCUCUCGACCACGCGCCACCUCUGCAACCGUGGUUUCCGUGGCGGAAAAUUUCCUCCCACACCUUUUGUGAUCCGCGGUUUUAAAGAACGGAAUAAAUCACGGAUAGUGACGGCAGAGCAGGUGCCAUCCGCAAAACCAGAUUUUCGAUGGUAAAGGCACCACUAUUAUCGACCGCUUCCCAGCAGCAGCACCAGAAGCCCCAGUGCCCGAAGGAGAUCAUCCACCAGCCGUCAUCGGUGGCGCUGUCCUGCGCUUCGUCCACCGCGCAGGUGCUGAUACAGGCCCAGCCCCACCAUCAACACCUUCACCAUCUUCUUCCGGCCCAUCCCGCGCAGCUUCAGCAGCAAUCGCAGCAGCAUCAACAGCAGCAGCAGCAGCAGCAACAACAGCAACAGCAACAGCAGCAACCAUUAUUCAGCUUUCCGCCUCCACUAACAGCAACGGCAGCGGCAACGGCGGCGUACUAUCCGAUCGGCACGGUGAAGAAACAUCGGCGCGUGCAGAUACAGAUGGCCACAGAACCACCGGUCGGUGUCGGUACGGGCGGUAUCGUAGUAACGAAAACGGCAACAUCGGCCGCCAUCGCGGUAGUCGCCCCAACGGCACGAAAUGCAGUCGCCAUGGCCACCGGGUCGCUGAACAGUUGCAUCACGACCGGUACCGGUGCGGGGCCGGCCACGGUUUGUAGCGGUGCCGGUUCAACCGUCGGGGUACCGGCGGCCACCAGCCAAUCCCAGCAGCCAAUUCUAACCCUUGCACCGAGCACGGUAGCCACGAGCGGUGCUAUCAAGGUGAACCAACCGACGCUACAGCACCAGCGGAUUCAAUCGCUGCACCACAUCCAUCACCAUCACCAUCAUCAGCUGAUCAACGGUAUACCGGCCACGGCCGGACAGCGGAUGCCGGCGAAUGCGGCAGCCGCGGCUGCCGUCGUAGCGUCUACCGCCACCCACACCACGCACAAUCCGGCCGCCGGUUGGCCGAUGGUGGAACCGGUGUUCCAUUUCGGGCCCGGCUUUGAGCUAGAAACGCGCCCAUUCUGUCCGGCCCAUACACCACCGUCGGAGCACGUUGUCCUGUUUCACGUACGACCCGGGGUAGCUGUCACGUUUCAGAUCGCGGGCAACCGGGAAACUAUACGAGGUCCCGUCACACUGCCAAUGGUGUCGCAGAACGGUACCCCGCCGAUGGCGAUGCCGAUGCAGGUACCGCACGGUCACAUGAUGCAACAGAUCGUGGACGAGAAUGGGACGCUGCGACACGUUAUCCUUUCGACCCAGCCGCCCCAACCACUGCGACAAGGCAACGUCCAGCACCAUCUGCAUCCGUCAGCAUUUAUAAAUGGUACAACGGCACCGUUUUUCAAUCCGAUCGCCGCCUCCUACCCAGCGGGUCCUGGUGCCGGUGCACCGCAAAUGUAUCCACCGCAACUGAUUGGAGCGAAUGGAGCGAACGUCGGUGCAACAGGUGCCGGAGCUGGUGUCGGUGGUAAUCAUGGGCUGCACACGCCGCAAGGGAACAUGCCACACUCACCAUCGCCUCCGCACACGAACACCAGCUACCACAAGGACGAACGAGCCCAGCGGCAGCAUUCGAAACUGCAUCGAAAGCUAGACCAGAAGCAGCGCGAAUUGAACGCAUCGGCAACGACGCCGAUCAAUUCGCCCCGAAAGCAUGCCGAACUGAACGGGAGUGGCGGUGUGCGAAAGUCACACGCUCCUCACCAUUUGCUGCCUAAUCACAUGAACCACCGCAAUGGUACGGCGGCCGUUGCGAUUACCACACCGUUGGCCACUUCCGAGGAGGAAACGUCCAGCGCACCGGAUGAGGAGGACGACAACACGCAGUCAAUCAUUGUGGAUCACCUGAGCUCGGUACCGUCGCCGCAGGUUACCGAAAUAACGCCCCGGACGGCGCUGCUGCAAUGGUCACCGCCGACCCCGGUACCGGUACAGCAGGUACCGCCCCCGGUACCGGCCGGACCCGUCCCGGGCGUUCCUCCACCACCCAUUCCCGGUGCCUUGGAACCGCUGCCCUUCAAUGUGCAGGAUCUGCGCUACGAGGUGCUGUUGAGCGACCAUGGCAAGGAGAACAAGUAUAAGAGCAUUUUCAAGGGUUCGUCGCUUUCGUGCAAGGUGCGGGAUCUGCGACCGGGGCAGGAGUAUACGGUGCGGCUGCAGGUGUACCUCGAUCAGCUGCACGGCUCACCGACGGAACCGACGGUGUUCAAUACGCCGGGGUGUGAACCGGACGUACCGGCAUCGCCUAAACUAACAGCACGUACCAAGAACUCGCUGCAGCUGCGUUGGAUCGCACCGUCGGAUAAUGGUUCGCACAUCAUCCACUACAUUCUCGAGUACGACAACGGCAAGGGUGCGGGAUCGAUGCACCAUCAGCAACAACAGCAACAACAGCAAACGAUGCAACAGCAGCAUCACUUGGGUUACGAGUUUAUCGAGGUGUCGAAAACGAAGGGUAAGCAGUUCCAAGUCAAUAAGCUACAACCCUCCACGUACUACGUGUUUCGGUUAUCGGCGGUGAACGAGUACGGUCGCAGCGGCUAUUCCGAUCUGGUCAAAUACAGCACCGUCGGUAAUGUACCGGCACAGCCCACACCGCCCACGUUGCGCCAUGCGACGGCAACCACGCUGAAGCUGGCCUGGCAGCGUCGUUCACCGUGCGAGGAGUAUACGCUGCAAAUGAACGACGACCAGGGCUACGGCUACCGGAACAUCUACAACGGUAUGGAUACGCUGUACGAGUGUAGUGGUUUGAGACGUGCUUCAACAUUCCAGUUUAGAUUAAGGGCCGAAAACGAUAACGGGCGGGGACCGUGGAGCGAGGAGGUCGUAUUCCGGACGUUACCGACGUGUCCGGGGCGGCCAACCAAACCACAGGUGAAAGGCAAGAUCCACGCAAACGGGUUCAAGGUGAAAUGGGAUCCGCCGCACGAUACGGGCGGUGCGGAAAUUGCGCUGUACCAUCUGGAGAUAAGUUCCGGCGCAUCGUACGAUCGCGUGUACAGUGGUAAAGAGUCGGAAGCGACUAUCGAUCGGUUGAACCCCGGCACGGCGUACCAGAUACGGGUGCUGUGCGAAGGGCCCGGUGGCAUUAGUGCUUUUUCCGAGCCGUGUUUGGUAACGACGGAACCGGUAACACCAGGCCCACCACAGAAACCCUACUGCAAGUCACCACCGACGCCGUACGCCGCUUGUCUCGGUUGGGAGAAACCGGACUACAACGGUGGUUCGCCCGUGCUCGAGUACGAGAUGGAGGUGGAAACCGUCAGCACGAAGGUGCGCAGUGCGGUGUACCGGGGAAAGGAAAUGUUUUGCGUCGCGAAGGAUUUGCUGCCGGGUGAACAGUAUACCGUGCAGGUGCGCGCACUAAACCGCAUCGGUGCCGGCCCGUGGUCGGACGAGUUUACCUUCACGGCCGGGGCGGCACCGCCCGAAUCGCCGCGCGAUCUCUCGAUCGUCCUGAAGUCGCCAACGCAUUUAACUGUGAUGUGGGCCGAGCCGCACAGCAACGGGUCACCGAUAAGCGAAUACAUUCUUCAAUCCAGUGCCGAUUCCAACGUAUCAUCCGCAGCGGAUAAUCAUGCCGGCGGCAGUGAUCCAAACGCGAACUACCAGACGGUUUACCGUGGGGCGCACCGUUCCGCCGACGUGCGCAACCUGCAUCCCCACUCGCGGUACCAUUUCCGGGUGUGUGCGCUGAAUGCGGCCGGCUGCUCGCGGCACUCGGUAUCGAUCAGCCAGCAGAUGCCGGCAGCGCCACCAAACGCACCGACCAUCGGUGGACAGAAGAUCACGGCCAAGAGCAUACUUAUCAGCUGGCAGACACCGCAUGAUAACGGUUCGCCAGUGACGCAGUACAACAUUGAGUGUGGCGAUCGGUUGAUCGCGACGGAUGCUCAGAGUGCCAGUGCAGCCGCUAUCGCAGCUACCUCGCCCGACCACCACCAGUCGGCUGGUGGGUACCCAGCAGCCGAAGAUUACGACGACGGUGCCGAGUACGACGAGGAGGAGGAGGAGGAGGAAGCAUCCAUCGGGAGUGCAGCGUCGACUGAUGCGGAGGAUGAACCAUCGCAACCGGCACCACCAGCAACAACGGUUGCAGCGAAUUUAGUAGAUAGCAAAUUAGGCAAACUAGCGGCAUCCGCAGCGGGGACUGCCACCGUCCCCGCGGGAAGUCCUGCACACUCCACCAAGGGAGGUAACAGCGGCGCGAAAGGGCAUGGCGCGUCGGUGGCCACGGCGACGGUCGGUGGCCGUACUAGUAAUAGCAACAUGCUGCUGAUCAGUGAUCUGCAUCCGGAAACGACGUACAAGCUGCGAAUACAGGCGAUGAAUAGCAUCGGUACGGGACCGUUCUCAAGCUACAUCAAGUUCACGACAUCGCCGCUACCGCCGAAGCCACCGAAGUUGGAAUGCGCCCAGGCGGGCUACGCCCAUCUGAAGUUGCGCUGGGGCGAAGGCAAAAAUCUCGAUCUGGCACGCUACUACGUCGAGAUGGAAAACAGACGCACGGGUGAGUUCCACAACGUGUACACCGGUACGCGCAACACGUGCAAAGUGAUGCGGCUUAACGAGCUCACCAGCUACACCUUCCGGAUAUGCGUCGAGACCCGACACGCCGGCAGGGGAGAGUUUUCGGAUGGAUUCAGCUUUACGACAGCGGUAGCCGCACCGAACAGCAUCAAGGCGCCGCGCGUUUGUAUGGAUCCGGCAGCAGCUGCAGCCGCUUCCGCUGGUUCCGGUAAUGCUGCCGGUGCGUCUGAUCCCGCCCGGCACGGUACACUUACGAUCGAGUGGCAAACUAGCCGAAAUAAUCCGUUCGUCGAUCCGAUCGAGUACAUACUGCAGAUGGCCAAAGCUAGGGACCAAGAAUUUCAACAGGUUUACCGUGGACCCGAAACGCGCUUUACUGUGCACAAUCUGCAGCAUGGCGUAAGCUACGCAUUCAAGGUAUGUCCGGUACGUGUGCGCCAGAACGGAGAGCACGUAAAUGGAUCGUUUUCACCGGUACUGAAUCACCAUCUGGCCACCAACGUGCCCCGGUCGAGCUCGAAUACCGCCCGAUCCGGUCACGGUACGGAUGACGUCGAUGGACGCACAAUGUUCCAGGGCAAUGUGGUCAACAGUCGGGGUGAGUUGGUAUUGACGAAAGCGUCGGCUGGCGCCGGGCUCCUGCUGUCCGGCACUAACGGAUACGGUCCGGAUGGCGAUCAUCACGGGUCGCGAAGUGAAUCGGUUGCGUCGACGACACUGCAACAGCUGCAGCGGUUCUUCGAGCCAGACUCGAGCAAAGCGGUCGUUUGUGUCGUUGCGUUCAUCCUACUGUCCAUCAUUGUUGCCGCUUUCCUGAAGUAAUUUGUCGGAAUGGGGAUCGAUCCAACAAACUUAGUAACAAAACAAAACAAAAAAACCCCAGGGCCUCAAUCUCUCGCUCUCCCCCAUAUAAUGCGCUCUGCUGUGUAAUUGUGUUGUCCUCGAUGUUGUUAUCUGUCCGCCGCAGGGAUGUCGCUUCAUAUGUCUAACAAAUGUAGCUAAAAAGUAAAACUUGGCCUACGCAAGCAAGCCACAGAACAUCCGCGCUACGGUUGCGGAAAAAUGUGCAAACCUAUCGAAACGAUUGAACGCAAGCAAGAAAACGAAAUGAGAGUGCAAGAGUAUAUAAAUAAAAUAAUUAUAUAACGUAUACAGAACACAUAAAAAGAAAACAAAACAUAAAGAAAAUCAUGUGAUGUGCGCACACUAACCUAUACUUUAUGCAAUUAUUAGUCUACUCACAAUCAAACAAAUGUACGUUGCAUUAAUACAAAACACACAUACACACACAAACACACAAACACUGAAGCUUACCGAAGCGGGAAUCGCGAACAAACCGAAUGCACCGAAACAUAAACAUUGAACGAAAUGCAAACAAUCCAGUCAAUCUUAAAACCACCUAUGGAGGACAAGAAAAAUCAACUUCCCAAUCAUGAAAUCGCGCAAACGCUUUAAUUACCGACAACAGGCCCACUUUCUCAUAGAGCUCCUCGUAAUGGCCGUAGAAAAGAAAAUGAAUCGCAAACAACGGGUAGGGACCGAACGAGACCCGCUUACAUUCAAGGGUGAAAAGGAGACCAACCGCAAGUUACAAAACUAAUUAACAAACAUCAAUCAAAUCAGCAGCAACCGAAACAACAACAACAACAGAAAACUGUCCCAGGAAUCGCAGCACUACAAGUUUAGUUUGUGUGGCUGUGUGUGGGUGGGCGCGGGUGUUACAUUUGCUAUAUUGUUUAUAUUGCCUUUUUGCGAUUUUGAUUUUAUUGCCUUUGGGGGAGGUUAUAUUGCGUGUUUGUAUUUGCGUGCUUGUUUCGGGUUGUGAAGGAAUAGCGCAACACAGGGAGAAAACUAUCGAGUUAAUUAUGGAGCUAUUCUCCUUACGUUCGUGUUACACUACUACUACUACUACUACUACUACUACCACUGCUAUUACUGGCAAAUCCGUUUUAGUUCUGUUCUGCAGCGAUCGCUGCAGAAACAAUCUACACAUUCUACUAGGCAUUCUAUUGUUGCGUGCUUUGAUGCACAACACGUCAAUGACUCGGGCAGUCGGGGGCGAAGAAACACAAAUAAGUAUUAUUAAUGGUAGAAACUAUAUGCGUCCCAAGCGCGCUUAAACUGCAUAGCAGACGGACGGGAAGCGCACACAGCGAGCGGUGGUUAGGGUGUGUGCGCGGUGGAAGAAAAAAGCAAAUCCUUUUGAACCUCAUUCUCUCAUACAAACCGAAUAGCCAGCAAUCCUGCAAUCCAUAAUCUCUUCAAUAAUUUUCGCUAGUACAUAAGCAGAGAGCACCACCGACCGCUGGCCGGGGAACGUUUUGUGCAUCAAAUGAUGCAGGACAAACACUUGUGGAAUAUAACUAUAAUCUCACGUGCACAAACAAACAAACAAACAAACAAACAAACAAACACACACAUUAGCAAAUACACACGAGAUUCUAAAUUUUAGCUAAUGAGGAACAGGACCGCGUGUGUAUGGAAGCAAUAGAAACAAUCACGCAAUCAAAAGUGAAACAGCGAAGAAAGCGGUUUUCCCUUAACAAUAUCAAACACACAAGCCCUUUAAACGCAAAAGAAAAGUGUUAUCAAUGCGCAUCAUAAGCGUCCAGGCGCCCCUUGGGCUUCUUGUUUUCGCCCCCUCCUUUUUCCGCCUGGCAAGCAGGAAAAAAGGGUACGGUCCAACCUCCAACCGACGACCCCGCAGCAAAACCCCUUCUCUCGGGUCCAACAAAACCGGAACGAACGCAUUCCAUACGAGCAUGUGAAAUGUUGUUGUGUACUUGUAUACCGCGCAUAUAUGUGUUAACCACCAUGUAUUUGUUUUAGCCCUAUGUGUCCUACCGUAUCCAAAUUACAUACUUUAGUCAGCUAGUGGAAGUUAAACGUAAACAAAACAUCCCUAUCAGAACACACCCAGUAGCGCAAAAAUGUGUUAGUAAUAUUGAGCAGUACUGUUUAGUCAAGACACACACAAAAAUUGCAAAACGAAAUUAAUAGGUGGCGCGCGCGUGUUGGAAAAACUGCAAGGAAAACGUGUACUUAAGCUGUCGAUUUGUUUGUAAGCAAUCCGUUUCGGUACUUCCUCUCGUUCUCGAUAUCUUUUUCUACUACAAGAGCUUUAUUUUUAUCAGUUUUUACUGGUGCGUUCGCUGAUAAGCUGCUUAACUGUCCUUGUUGCGUAGGGAAAAAAGGAACAACAUACCAUGAUUUCAGUCACGAUAGCCUCGAUAAGGAUGUCUUCCGUAAGGCACGAUCCACCACAAGGCUUCCUCUUUUCGUUUUGUGUGUAAUAAUAAUGAGAUGGCAAUGUUGGGUGUUCGUGCGCGUGUGUGUGUGGGAGAAAACAGGACACAAGGAGGAAGAGCUAAAAUGCAUUUUUAUUUUGUGUUUUACCAGCAAAAGGGUAUCUUUUCCGCAGCAACAAUGUGCAAUUUUAUUUAAAUUUAUUACGUAGCCAAUUUUGUUCGUUCCGUUGCAGUACCAACCAAGUAGUUAGAAGAGAAGAGUAAUUAUUUUGUUUUUUUUUUGUUUUCUGUGCAGAUUAUUUUGUUUUAUUUAUAGAGUUAUGUAGGUAUUGAUACUGAAGCGGGUUUUAUUCCUUGUAUUCCAACGCUACUGACUAAAAACAUGGUGCAUUUGGAUGCUUUUGUGGUAAAUUAUUACAUUUCGGUUUUAGACGGUAACAACUGGUAAUGAAUUGUGCGCACAGUGAGAAAGUGAAUUUCCCUUUGUUUGAGGGGUUUUUUUUAGUCAACAAAUGAAAAAUAACGGAAAGCGAGUUGUUAGGUUUAAGCAGAAGAAGAUGGCAAAAACACACUGGAAAAGAAUGGCUUUAAUUAUUGGAAUUUAAAUAGAAGAACAUAACAACACUGCGCCACUGAUCGUGCAGCAUAAUCAGUGAAGGAAGUAAAACAACAGAGCAGAGGAGACACAAUGGCAAGGAAUUCAAAAUCACAAUUAGAAGACAAGCAGACAUACACCAGUUGUGUUGGAUGUGGAAAAGUAAAAAUGUAAAACAAAACACAACACAUAGACGAAUUGCCACCCCCCAGUAAAAUCAACACAAGAACAUGGCACAAAAUAUACAUACACACACACACACACAUGCACACUUGCAAAAACUAAUCAAAGCAUAUUGUUAAACGUUUCCUUUAAGAAACGCUUCUAGCUAAGUGUAUUUGAUAAUGAAGGAGUAAGGAUAAUGGAGAACAAAACAAGCAAACACAUUCAAAAUACACCGAGUAAUUCACAUUCUAUACGAGACUGCUGUCCUCACAUGGAAAAGAACGUUUGCUUGUGGGUGUGUGUGUGUGUGAGGAUGUAUAUGAAAGUGUGAACAGAAAACAAAAAAAAUUUAGAAACAAACAACUUUUUUUGUGGAUAUUAUAAAACAUGGCGCCUAAACAUAAAACAAAAGAAAAGAAUAAAUUAUAACAACAAACAGCAAGAGAGAAGUAACAAAAACACAACAGGACAAAAAAAUGUGUAAAAGAAAGGAUGGGAGAAAUAAGAUGAAAGAGCAAAAUUGUUUCACGUUUCGGUUGCACCAAUUCGUUGAAAAAAAAAAUCAAAUAUUGUAAAUAUUAGGCGCAUCAUUUUAGGUAUGUUUUUUUAAAUGGCAAUUGUUUCUGCGAAACGACUACAAAAAGAGAAUGUCGCUAGCACCUUUAUUCCACCACUUCCACGCGGUGAAGGUUUGGUUGGGCGGAUUUCUUCUAAAUUACAAGCAAACAAAAUUGCUGCUAUGCUAGUGUACUACCACUAUUACUACUACGGGGAGAUAGAUCAGGUUUCUACUUACGCUGGUACCAGUUGAUGAUAUGUAAAUGAAUAGGGAAAUUCAUGCACACAUACACACACACACACAAACAUACAAUCUCUCCGCAGGAAAGAUGGACUGACCAGUGCGCACUGGUGGUGCAUAGUGGCGCAAUAGGAUCGACUACUACUACCACUACUACUACUACCAUUGGCCGCAGAUUGAAAUGAACAACGCAGAACUUAGAAUGUAUAGGUAUUAGAACGAAUUGAUUGUAGCAACAAAAUGCUUGUUAAUUGGACCUGAGAGGGUAGAGAAACUACUUUUACUUGUUGGAAGUCUGUUAUGUUGACACAUUAAUUGUACGGUCGUGGACGCGCGCGUGUGCGUGCGUGUGUGGUGCAAAGGGAUUGUAUGCAAUUUGUUAGCGCAAGCAGGAGAAUGAUAGUUGAAUGAUUAGAUAAGAACUGCAAGGAUGAUACAACAAUAUUUAGGGCACGUGCUUCCAGUCGAAAGUGGUAAGGGGUGGCGCAGAGGGCGAAGAAGGCAGGAAUCAAGCGGAAAAGAAGGAGGGGGUAGACCGUACUAAACGAAACGGAUGGGUUUGAUGGAUGGAUCAUUUUUUAUAUGCAUAUUUUUAUCUCACUUUUAGCAGUAUGAACUCUAUCGAUUGAAUUUUGAGUUUGUUUAUUACUUUUUUUGUACUAUUUUAACUAUUUAACUUUUUUACCGUGCAUAAGAAACGAUAGAUGAAAAAAAAAACAAACAAACAAACAAACAAACAAAUAAAAGAGCAAAAAAACAGCUUUUGAUGAGUAAUCAAGGCAGAACGAUAGCUGGCGCUGAUAAAGAAAUAAAAGAAAAACUGGAAACGAAUGUAGGCAAUACGGUUAGGGAAGAAUGUGUUGUGGCCGGAGAUGAAAUAUUAGGGAAAUUUAAUUGAAUGAAUGAAUGUAAUGAAACAGAAGGAGUGUAGGAGUGCAAGAACGAAUUGAAUGAAAGCUCCAACCUUCUCCUUCCCCCUCGCAACCCCCAUCAAAUCCUUCCAACAAGGGUUGAUGGAUGAUCCAUGCGCGGGGGGAUCGAAAGGUUUGUACAAAGUGAAGUUUUGUUUGUUUUGCGAGCGAGAGAUAGCGUUGCGACAUUGUGAAUGUCCCGUGGGGAUUGUUCAGAGGUAGGAUGUGAUGACGACGAAGGGAAGUAACCGCAGGAAGGAACGGGUAGGGUUAAGGCAACAACAUAAAAACAAAACAAUGGGCUUUGAGCAAGAACAUACAAAACAAACAGCCGUGUUUGCUUUUGCUGUAGGUAAAAUCAAAUUCUACAAAAUGGACAGAUACCACGGACCUAACACUAAACUACCGACAACUACACUAGCACUACCUACUAUUACUACUGCUAACAGGCGCAUGUGUGUAAUGUGUAACAUUUACUAUGAUGAGCGGUAAACGAGGAGAGGAAAACAAAGGAAAGGAAACAAUACGCAUAAACAUAACGUGGAAACAAUACAGCAACAAACAAACAAACAAAAAAACAACGGACGCGACACCCAUACAAACAAAAACAAUGUAAACAUAAGGUGGGGAAAAUGGAUUACAAAAGAAAAAACGGAUGAAAAUACAAAAAAGAUGAUUAUAUGUUGAAAGUGGACAUUAAGUAUAUAUAUAUAUAUACAUAUAAAUGAAAAACGAAACAAAACAAAAUUAUCUUAAUAUAUACAUAUAUAUAUACACGUACAUACAUACAUAAAACAAUAUUUAAUUUAACAGAAAU